GACACAGAUCGGGACAGAAAUGGACGGGCUCGGGCUCCCUUGCGAAUAUAUUGGCACAAAUGUCAUGAAAUUAUCCCAUUCCCUUCAUGCAAACAAUCUCCUAAAUGCUCUAAAUGAAAGUAGAAAGAAUCCAGCUUUAUGUGAUGGCCUAGUCUUAGUUGAAAACUCCGAAGUUCCCGUCCAGAAAAAUGUUUUGGCUGCUUGCAGUCCUUAUUUCAGGGCGGUCUACCAAUAUGAGAGUAAAGACAAGUCUGUUAUCUGUCUAAACCACCUUAGCCCAUCAGUGUUCGGCCUUGUGCUUGACUACAUCUAUACUUCCGAGAUUGUACUAUGCGAAGAGAACAUCCAAGAUGUCCUCCAGGCCUCUGAUCUGCUCCUUCUCAUGGACCUCAAAGAACUCUGCUGCGACUACCUCGAACAGUGCCUGUCGGCGGUCAAUUGCCUUGGUAUAAUUGAAUUCAGCGACACCUACAGUUGCCUGCGGGUACUACACACAGCGUUAGAUUAUUUAGAUGAGCAUUUCAAUGAAGUUCGAUACACAGAGGAAUACGUCAUGCUGCCAGUACAUAGGAUAUCACAAAUAUUGAAACGUGCCAGUCUAAAAGUGUCAUCAGAAAACAUCAUAAUCGACUCUUUGUUCCAUUGGGCCAAUCAUGACCCUCACAACCGAACUGCAUAUCUGAAGGAAAUCAUGAGGAACUCAAUCCAGCUGUCGCGGUUGAACUAUGAAGCACUUCACGUGCCUAGUUUGGACGGCAUGAAUCGCUGGGAUAUCAUACGAUUGAUGAACGAGAUUCAGAAGGAGCAAGAAGACCAAGAAACUAAACUUCGGGGUUAUAGUAAUGUUGUUGUGAUGGCUGGGGGAGAGGGGCCGUGUUUACAAGACGACAGUAGUUCAGGUGAUCUGGGUGAGGUGAAACGUACCGUGUCAUUCGUUGUGCCACAUGAAAGUCAGUGCCAAGAUGGAGUAUGGAUUGAUUUACCACCGAUGCUCUCACCGAGAGUAAAUCAUGGACUUGUCGAAGCAGGUGGCUGUCUAUUCGUUGUUGGAGGCCGAGACCACCUUGGCCACAUCUUGAACUCCGGCGAAAAGUACGACCCAGCAACCAACCAGUGGACAGCAAUCCCACCCAUGUCACACGCCAGGGUCGGAUUUGGACUCGUAGCCAUUGAUGAUAAGAUAUAUGCUAUUGGGGGUAGCAAUGACAUGUCGGAUCCAAUGAUUUGUUUAGAGGAGUUCUGUAUCUAUACUAAUAAAUGGCGAACCCUUCCUGAAAUGAGCUUGAAACGUGCGUGGUCAGCUUACGCCGUGGUAAACAAGAAAAUAUAUGUGAUCGGUGGGGGAAUUAUGGGAAAAUUAUACGAGGCGGUGGAAUGUUUUGAUCCAAAGCGUGAGUCGUGGACGUCUGUUGCACCAAUGAAGGAGCGCCGAUUUGACGCUAGAGCUGUCGGUGUUGGGGACAAUGUUUUCGUUUUUGGCGGCCUACGCAGGCUAGAGUGUCCAAGUGCUAUGCACCACGGGUCCGGGAUGAAGUUCUGUGGUACGGAGGUGUUUACCGCCAGUCAGAAGCUGUGGUCGACAAUGAUGUCGGCAAGCGUCGGUAUGUGCACCAUGUCUGAGACAUCUCAUAUCGAUUCAGCUUUAAACGAUAAAGAUGAGAUAUAUAUUAUGGGUGACCUUGACACUGGCGAUGGCAGCUACAACUUCCUGCGUGCGCUGAACUUGAAUACCAAUAGAUGGCGUCCAGUGAUUGGUUCUCGGCCAUCUUGGAAUCGUAGUAAUGGUGCCAUGUGCAUGUUGAAACUUUCAAAUGCAUUUAUACGCUGUCUAGAAGAACACCACGAGCAUCUAAAAAUCAGAUCGUCUCUCCCUGCUACAGUAUAGGGAGUGCCUUGGAGACCUAGGACAUGGUGUGCUGUAAAAUAUAACCAGGCUUUCCGAUGUAUCGUGUGGAAAUGCCCUGUUUACUUCUAAGUCCACAGUGUAUUUGUAAGCCUGUGCUAUUUGUAGUUUUCGAGUAUUCGUAUUCAUUUUCACAUCUUGUUGGUUCUAAAAUAUCUUUCCUUGGCAAAUUUCGUUUUGAUUGAUUUCAAAAGUUUUUAAAAUUUUCCAAUCAAAAGAAGCAAGCGUUUAUUCUGUUUUGCCUAAAGAUUAGCUGGAGCUGGCAAUAUGCUUCUUUUCUUAAUUAAAUCUAAAACCAAAAAAAUAUGUUUUUACUCCCAUUCAGCAUUUAGGUCUGUAGGCAAAUACUUAUUUUGAUCAAAAGUAUAAUAGCUGAAUUAAUUGUAAUCUUGAUAAAAAUGUACUCCAUAUAUUUAUAUGUAGGUUAAUUGAAAUUGAUAAAUUAAUCUAAAAAAAUUCAAAAAAAUUUUGAUGUCUUUUGAUGUUGUUUUGAAUAUCUGUAUUUGCAGUUAAAAUGAUUUGAAAAAAAAACCUGUCUAAUUUUGUUAUUACUGGUAACAGUGGGAUGAAGGACUUAUUGUCCAUGUUCCACAUAUUUUUCUUGAUCUGUUGAGAUAUAUCAGCUCGAUUACUUUCUGGAGUAAGGUUUUAAUCAAAGUCUUUGUGUGAGUGUAUCAAUCCGAAGGCCAGCAUGUCAGUGUCUGACAUGCUGACUGGAAGACGAAGUGAAAAAGUUUGAUCGUUCUUAUUAGGAAUUCUCAAUUUAAUGAAUGCCCUGACGAUUUAUAGGGUUUCCAAACUUAUUGAGCAGAGUUAGAUAUUUAUUCGAAAUAAACGUUUGAGGUAUUGUAUCGAUAAUUUAAAAAAAUUGAGAAAGUAGUGUGAAAGUGUUAAGUCGAGUGUUGAAUGUGUUACGAACGUAGCCAUAGAAUAUAAUUAUGAUAUUAUAAUUCAGUGUUCCCACUCUGGAUUAUAUUUCAGUGUUCCCACAAAUGGAAUAGUAGUGUCAACUGGCGAAGUUUGAAUUUCAAUUUCUCUCCGAAUUCAUAUUUUCUAACUCUGAAUUUGUCUUUCUGAAUUUUCUGAAGCCCUCUAAAGGAAUCGGGAUGAGGAACUUGAGGAAUAAUAUUCGUAGUGCAAUGAGUAAAGUAGUUGGAUGCCUAAACCUUAGCUUGAACCACCAGGUCAGUGCCUCGGUGCCCAAAAUUGGGAAUAAGUCUUUGAAUUAUUAAAGAAAAUGGGCACAACCUAGAGACUGAUUUGUCCAUGUGAAACAUUGGAAACUAGUCUAUAAUGUUUGCCUGAUAUCCGGUUCCAGCUCUGGUAUAGAUAAUAGCAGCUGCUGACUAGAGUGAAUGUGAUCAUGAACAUACAUCUAAUAGACAAGUUCGAGAAAGGCAUGCGUGGUGAGUGUCUGGAACAAUAUUAGUAGAAGGAUCAAACAUUUUUAUCUUUCUGGUGUUCGGGUAAAGAAAAUGAGAAAGAAUUACACUUGUAUCCACAUUAUUCAUUACCGAAUGGACUACUUCAUACAUCAAUUGGGGUCCUAUCGAGUCACCAUUUGAAAGACACUUGCUUGGACUUUGUUUUGCCUAUUAUGGACUUACUGUAGUAAAAAUGACUCUGGCUGUCUCUCUCGAACUUGUCUGUGUUUGGAGUCUUGUACACUGUUAAAUUUUGUUUUAAAUGCUAUCUUUGAUGCCAAUCUUUUUGUGAUUUUGAUUUGACCAAGUGAUAUGUUCAUUGAAAUCCAUGGAAGAGCAUUGCUAUUUGAAAAUGAUACAUUAACACAAAUUCGUACAUGUAUUUGAAGUAGAAAGAUAAGGAAGAAAAGGCAUGUUUAACAUGAAAUACCUCAGCCAGCCGCCCCCCCCCCCCCCUCCCAUUCAUAAACUUAAUUGUCUGUGUGUAAACCAUGUUCUGGGAAGAGCAGUUGAGGCUUAAAUAAGUCAUUAAAAGUUGAACCAGAUUUUCACCAGGUCAAUAUAAAAAGCUAUGUUAUAAAUGUUUUGUGAGAAGUCUCUAAUUUGCUUAUAAAAAUGUUGUUUUAGGAAGAUUGAUUUUGUAAAUGCUGCUCUAGUGACCCAGACGAAUUAUGAGGUUAACUGGACACACAACUGGGCUCGGAGCUAAUAUUAUUAUACAUUACCUAAUUAAUAUUAUUGUAAAUUACCUAAUUAGUGGAUGCACUUGGAGCAGGCAAACUGAGGCCAAAAGUUCACCUUAUUAUCUUCUCGUUUUUGAUACAAUAUUACAAAUUUUUACUAAAGGCCAAAGAAAGGAGUUAUUGGCUUAUUGUAAGUUUUCUUGUGGUGAUUCAUACUUGUCUUUAAAAAAAAUUAAAUGAAUAAUGACAAUUUGAAAAGAGGAGGUUAUUUCAUGAUCUAUCAGCCAAUUCUGUAAAUCAUGCUAUUCAAAAUUCAAACCACAGCCUUUACCCUUCCCAAGCCUUUACAGAAUGUAGACGGCUAUAAGCAAAUGCUUAAUAUACCCUAGCCUGUCACAUUGAAAAAAAGUGAACUUGUAUCAACCUGACAAAAAAUAAUAACUUCCCUCAAAAUGUUGUUAUUGAUGUUAAACUAACAAACAGCCUUGUUAUACCAGCAUUGUUGCUGUAAACACUUCCAUUGGCAUUGAGUUCAUGACUGUCUGACCAGGUAGGUCUUCUAUUGUUUGUCUUUCGAUAGAAUUAAAACAUUAUCCCACUCACUGAACCCGGGUCGUGAAGGGUAAUACUUUACUGGCUUAACUUAAAAGGUAACUCGUGUCAAAUUUCACCAUAUAAUGUUUUAGCUGAUUUUGACAAAUGACUACGUCACUUUCUCGUAAAUCGGUAAGGUUUUUCGAAUCGAAAUGCACAUUUUCUAGAAAUUGAUGGUUUUAAUCCCGCCCGGACGGCUCGCUUCGAUGCCGUUGAAAUUGUGCUACGCCGACGACGUUUUCGCUGAUGAAAAUGUGCCUUGGUAAAUGGGGGGGGGGGGGGGGUUACUUGUAAUAUACAAUGUAGAAUGAGGGCAGAGAUGAAUCAAAUAGUUCAAAUGUUGUCAUAUUUCAACGAAAUGUAUCAUUUCAAAAAGCAAUGCUUGCUUCUGGAUAGUUGACACUUCAGUUUAGGCACUGGAGUUGUAGAAAGGAUUAGGUAGCGAGUGUCAGUAUAUCAAAAAAGAUCACCCCUGGGACAGAGGAAGGUAAUAGAGAAUAAUGGACUCAUUUUUGGUAUGUAUAGCACUGUACGCUUGUACAUAGUAGAUAUGGUCCUUGGACAAGUGUGCAGCCUUGUUUGAAGGUGGAUGUGAUGACUAAUAACUGUAGAGGCAUAAAUGCGCUAUGAACUCAGUUCAGAAGUUUAGGUAAUCAGUUCUGCUUUUUGUGAUGUAGUUGGUGGAAAUGAAUUAACUCUUAUAAUUGGAGUUGGCAGAUUGAAACCAGAUCUGUGAUAACUGGUACGAAGGUCAGUUAGUUUAAUUGGUCAAUAUCUUAAGUUCAUGGAAGAGUUGGAAGUUGGGAUUGGUACAUUGUCAGUGCAAGAAAAGAUACUGUGUUUAAUUCUUAAAAAUCCUAUGAUUUGGCACCCAAAACAUGCUUUAAUUUCAAGAGGUCUAAAUUUGAAUUGAAUCAGUGUAGAAGAGGAAGUCCUUUAAACAGUGUUUAAAGGAGUGGAAAAAAAUUAGUAAAAUUAACCUAAAAAAACAGCUGUCAGUUCUUUUGGGAGCUUUUGUAUUGUACUUCUUGGUGUUGAAAUUGCCCGUCUUGAUUUUGUAUUUCUUUAAAGGGGUAGCGUCACGAGAUGAUGUUGGCCAAUCACUAAUGAGGUUGUCUGCGUUCCUCUAUAGAGGGCGUUACUCAAAUGUAUCAGAAAAUGGAGACAGGCCUCCCACACAAUCACUCAUAAUGUAAAACAGCAUGAGUAGCUCGUGCCAACCUGACAUUAUCUCAAGAUGCUCCUCCUUUGAAAUUCUUAUUUACAACAGAGUUUUGGAACAUGUAUUCAGAUUCUUGUUGAAAAAUAGUUGUCUUCACUGUUUGAGUAUUAAAAUUACUUGCAAGUCAAUUA